AUGAGGUCGUUUCAAGCCCUCCCCGUCGCCUUCGCGCUGGGAGCCGCCAUGUCCACGGGCAGCAACUGGGACUUCAGCCCGACGCCCGAAGACGGCCUGACAGACGUCACCUUCUCAUUCAACGUGGCCAACGCCCCUCACCAGGCCGGGUACUAUUUCGCCCAGCAGUACAGCUUCAAGGGCGCCCAGGAUGGCGGCUACACUGGCGUCCAGCCCCGGGCGGAUGACAACGGCCAGAGCGUCCUCCACGGCGUGUUCUCCUCGUUCCAGGCCGGUGCCACCACCGACCAUCCCAACUGCCACGAUGGCGCAGACAAUGGCCCUGGCGUCAGCUGCGCCAACGACGUCCCACUGGACUACAGCCAUACGUACAACACCGUGGUCGAGAACAUUGGGGGAACCACGUGGAGGGGCACGCUGGUCGACACCGACACCGGAGAGGAGUAUGUCAUCGGCGAAUAUACCAUGCCCGAAGGGACCGGCAACAUCAAGGGCUCCGAGGUCGGGUUCAUCGAGUACUACUUGUGGAAUGACGGCACAGCCAACCACGAGUGCACUACCCUACCCUACACCGAGAUCACCUUCGGGGUCCCGACCACCACCACUUCCGGAGCUGGCGACAACGGCAGAGGAGAGCUCAGCAACUUCCACGAGUACGGAGAGUGCGUCGGUCAGUCUAACUACGAGACUGAAACUCUCGCCGAUGGCAGUGUCCAUGUCAAGGUCGGCUAUAAGGCCGCCGUGACUGCCACAACUCGUCCUGAGAGCUGGAGCCAGAAAGCGGUUCAGCUUAUGAUGAAGAUCAUCUAA